AAAAGUACUUAGCAAUUUUCCAACAACUGGACCUAGUACCAACUUUUUAAUUUAAAUUUAAGUUCACUAAGAUUGUAAUUUAGUUCUUUGGUGCCAUUUUCUAAUUUCAGGUGCUAAAUUCCUACAUGCAGCUAGUGGCUUCAGUAUUGGAUAAUGCUCCCCCCAGGGAGCAGAAUGAUAGAAAUGAGGGGUUCUCCAGCUCCAGGAAGGACUUGGGAGGGAAACAGCCCAAAAAGUGAGACAGCACCCCAAGCAGAAGCCCAGGGAAGGGGCUGUCACAAGGAAAGAGCUCAAGGUUACUUAGCUGCACCCCAAGAUCCAAGCCCAGGCAUUGUGGCCUGCUCUAGAGGAAGGGGUCUAGAGAGACAAGUGGGAGUCAGGCACUGCUCCCAGGGGCUGCCCCUCAGUGACACUCUCAUAAGCCCCAGGACGUCUGGAGAGGGCACAGGAGAGUGAAGGGAUACCAAACCCAUCCAAGUAGGAAUGGGUUGAAAACUAAGAACUAUUUCUGGGGAAAACCAAAAAGCAUUUCUGGGAAUGGAUUCUGGAAAACAUCCUGUGCACAGAAUCUUGACCCUGUCCCAGAUGCCCCCAGGAGGCAAAAUCAGGACCAAGGGUGACAUUAGAGAAGGCUGCUUGGGGGUCAGACCAAGGAUGAGUUUUAACACAAGGAGGGUUGCCCAGUAGUAAAAACAGGGAGCUCCCUGCCCUUGGAAUCCCAGAGGAAGAAUACCCUAAAGUAAUCAUCUCACAUCCUCCCUGACCCUGAGCAGAGAAAUACCAAAGCAGAGACUGGGAAGUCACUUGCUGAGGGGCAGUAGAGGGGUUUCUGGUUUUACAGAGGGUUGGGUUGAGGGUUGGAAAACAUGGGUCCCCUCCACCCAGAUGUAUAUCGAUUGUGUAUUUGGAGUAAAUGCCAGCAUUUACUGAGCAUUUACGUUUACUAAGCAUCAGGCGCUAAGCUAAGCUCUUUCAUCCUUACUAAAGCCAUGAGCCUGUCCUCUUAUUAUCCCUACCUCUCAGAGAAGGAAACUGAGUCAGGGUGUUGAAGUUAAUUCUCACAGCUAGAAGGUGCUGGAGUUAGGACUUGAAAGUGGGCAGUCUGAUUCCCCAGCAGAAGGUGGCCUAGAAGGUGGCUUGGCUUGUCUUGCCCUCUUCCCACUCUGCCUUAACCAACUGGCCCCACUCACUGUGGAGGUGACACCUACCACGACAGCAGAAGAGUGACAGGCUACCACAGCUGCCACUGCAUCCACAAUCACAUGUAAAAUUUCCCUCCAUCUCUUGCAUGUCUUACCCUGGGAUGUGCUUUCUCAGACCCCCCCACCCCCCACCUCGCAAUGAGAGAGAGAGCAAGGAGGAGGAAAUGCAACUGGCCCAGAUCCUCCCACCCCCACUGCUGGGCUUCCACAUGGCUGAGCAGGAACUUGGGAGCAGAAGUACACAAAGGAGGGCUUUGAGGUGGCUGCAGCCAGGCCCAGGCUGAUCCCCUCUCCCCCCUGGUGCUUCACUUGCCCCAAUCUGGGCCUCCCUGUAAGCCUGAUUUAACAGGAAAUUGUGGGCCUUGAGAACUUCCUUGUGACAUACUAAUCCCAGCCUGCUGAUCGGACCACGCCCCCAGUGGAGGCAACCUCCAGGCUCCCCAACAAGGAGGAGGAGGAGGAGGACACAGGCACCAGGUAGCCCUAAGGAGGAGCUGGGAGGGAGGAGGCUGCCUGGAGAGGCCAGGACGAAAGCGGGGCCCUUCUUUUUCUGAGGACUCUGAGUCUCCCAGAGGCAGCAUGUCAGAAGGCGUGGGCACAUUCCGUGUGGUCCCUGAAGAGGAACAGGAGCUCCGUGCCCAGCUGGAGCGGCUUACAACCAAGGACCAUGGGCCUGUCUUUGGCCCUUGCAGCCAGCUCCCUCGUCAUACCUUACAGAAGGCCAAGGACGAGCUGAACGAGAGGGAGGAGACCCGGGAGGAGGUGGUGCGAGAGCUGCAGGAGCUGGUGCAGGCACAGGCUGCCACCGGGCAGGAGCUGGCCAGGGCGGUGGCUGAGAGGGUGCAGGGAAGGGACAGUGCCUUCUUCCUGCGCUUCAUCCGCGCGCGGAAGUUCCAUGUGGGGCGUGCCUACGAGCUGCUUCGAGGCUACGUGAACUUCCGGCUGCAGUACCCAGAGCUCUUCGACAGCCUGUCCCUGGAGGCUGUCCGUUGCACCGUCGAGGCCGGCUAUCCUGGGGUCCUCCCCAGUCGGGACAAGUAUGGCCGAGUGGUCAUGCUCUUCAACAUCGAGAACUGGGACUCCGAAGAAAUCACCUUCGAUGAGAUCUUGCAGGCAUAUUGUUUCAUCCUGGAGAAGCUACUAGAGAAUGAGGAAACUCAAAUUAAUGGCUUCUGCAUUAUUGAGAACUUUAAGGGCUUUACCAUGCAGCAGGCUGCUGGACUUCGGGCUUCCGAUCUCAGGAAGAUGGUGGACAUGCUCCAGGAUUCCUUCCCAGCGCGGUUCAAAGCCAUCCACUUCAUUCACCAACCAUGGUACUUCACCACCACCUACAACAUGGUCAAGCCCCUCCUGAAGAACAAGCUGCUCCAAAGAGUCUUUGUCCAUGGAGAUGACCUCUCUGGCUUCUUCCAGGAGAUUGAUGAAGACAUACUGCCCGCUGACUUUGGGGGCACACUGCCCAAGUAUGAUGGCAAGGUGGUUGCUGAGCAGCUCUUUGGCCCCCGGGCCCAAGCUGAGAACACAGCCUUCUGAGGGUGUCUCCUGCCAUCACCCUGUAGUUAGCAUCUCUAGGCUCUCCUCAGUCAUCCUGGACCAGAAGUUGGGAAAAGGACUGCCUAAGGUGGCUGUGGCCCCCCUGAACGUCCCUACGCUUGGAUGAGUUCAGGUGUCCCUCUCCUCCCAAGUCAGUGAAACAGGGGGAGUUUUCUUGAACAAGAAUAAUUGGGGGCAGUUAUAUUCCUACUGCCUCGAGGUUUAGGACUUGUGUGUGGGAUUGAGUUUCAAAGACUGCCAUCUUCUUGAUUUCCUCUCUAGCAGUUUUAGCUCUUAGGGUCUGUGAAAACAGGCAAAGAGAUUGAUUUAAAGGUCUCUUCCCUUCCCUGCCAAAAUAAAACACAAUAAAAUACAAUAAAAGGAUAAAAGAGAGUGGCUACAAAA